AUGGACUUGCCCCCACAGCUGUCCUUUGCCCUCUAUGUGGCCGCCUUUGCACUGGGCUUCCCGCUCAACGUGCUGGCUGUCCGAGGUGCAGUGACCCAUGCCCGGCUGCGCCUCACUCCAAGCGUGGUCUAUGCUCUCCACCUGGGCUGCUCUGACCUCUUGCUGGCGGUCACUCUGCCCUUAAAGGCUGUAGAGGCCCUGGCCUUGGGGGCCUGGCCGCUGCCACCUGCCUUCUGCCCUUUCUUUGCCUUGGCUCACUUUGCCCCUCUCUAUGCAGGGGGUGGGUUCCUGGCUGCUCUCAGUGCUGGCCGCUACCUGGGGGCUGCCUUCCCCUUCGGGUAUCAAGCCAUCCGGAGGCCACGCUAUUCCUGGGGAGUGUGUGUGGCCAUAUGGGCACUUGUCCUCUGCCAUCUUGGGCUGGUCCUUGGAUUGGAGGCUCCUGGUGGCUGGCUAGAUAACACUACCAGUUCUCUGGGAAUCAGCACACCAGUGAAUGGCUCCCCAGUGUGUCUGGAGGCCUGGGACCCCACCUCGGCCCGCCCUGCCCGCCUCAGUUUCUCCAUUCUGCUCUUCUUUCUACCCUUGGUCAUCACAGCCUUCUGCUACGUGGGCUGCCUCCGGGCCCUGGCCCACUCAGGCCUGAGCCACAGGCGGAAGCUCAGGGCGGCAUGGGCGGCAGGUGGGGCUCUCCUCACAUUGCUGCUCUGUUUGGGACCCUACAAUGCUUCCAACGUGGCCAGCUUCCUGGACCCUGACCUGGAAGGACCCUGGAGAAAGCUGGGGCUCAUCACGGGAGCCUGGAGUGUGGUGCUCAACCCACUGGUGACAGGAUACCUGGGAGCAGGUCCUGGCCGGGGGACAGUGUGUGUGGCAAGGACACAAGGGGGAACUACCCAGAAAUAG